GGUCAUUUCCAGCAGCCCCUGCAAGACUUCCUCAGCUGGACGGCACUUGGAGGCUGGGGAGUCCCUGACCCACCAUGACAUUCAAACAAGCAUCCAUGAUGGCUCCAGAGGCCGUGGCCACCACGAUGCCCAUGGCGACAAUGGAGAAUACCACUGAGGCCGCUGGCCCAGGCGAGAGCAAAGAGGAUAUGUUCGCCAAGCUGAGGGAGAAGUUCAUGAAUGAGCUGAACAAGAUUCCCUUGCCCUCUUGGGCCCUCAUUGCCAUCGCUGUGGUAGCUGGGCUGCUUAUCCUUACCUGUUGCUUCUGCAUCUGCAAGAAGUGCUGCUGCAAGAAGAAGAAGAACAAGAAGGAGAAGGGCAAAGGCAUGAAGAACGCAAUGAAUAUGAAGGACAUGAAAUCAGGGAAUCAGGAUCAACAGGAUGAUGAUGAUGCAGAAAUGGGCCUGACAGAAGGGGAAGGUGAGGAGGAGGAGAAGGAGCCGGAGAACCUAGGCAAGCUGCAGUUCUCACUGGACUACGAUUUCCAGGCAAACCAGCUGACAGUGGGGAUCCUCCAAGCCGCUGAACUGCCAGCUCUGGACAUGGGUGGCACCUCAGACCCGUACGUCAAGGUGUUCCUACUUCCUGACAAGAAGAAGAAAUAUGAGACCAAAGUGCAAAAGAAGACGCUCAACCCUGCCUUCAAUGAGACCUUCACCUUCAAGGUCCCCUACCAGGAGCUGGGCGGGAAGACACUGGUGAUGGCCAUCUAUGACUUCGAUCGCUUCUCCAAGCAUGACAUCAUUGGUGAAGUGAAAGUGCCCAUGAACACAGUGGACCUGGGCCAGCCCAUUGAGGAGUGGCGGGACCUGCAGAGUGGUGAGAAGGAGGAGCCAGAGAAGCUAGGAGAUAUCUGCAUCUCCCUCCGGUAUGUGCCCACUGCUGGGAAACUCACUGUAUGCAUCCUGGAGGCCAAGAACCUGAAGAAGAUGGACGUUGGGGGUCUCUCAGAUCCCUAUGUGAAGAUCCACCUGCUGCAGAAUGGCAAGAGGUUGAAGAAGAAGAAGACCACAGUCAAGAAGAAGACCUUGAACCCCUACUUCAACGAGUCCUUCAGCUUCGAGAUCCCCUUCGAGCAGAUACAGAAAGUGCAGGUCGUCAUCACAGUCCUGGAUUAUGACAAGCUGGGGAAGAAUGAAGCCAUCGGCAAGAUAUUCACAGGCUGCAACUCUACGGGCACGGAGCUGCGGCACUGGUCCGACAUGUUGGCCAACCCCCGGCGGCCCAUUGCCCAGUGGCACUCACUGAAGCCAGAGGAGGAAGUAGAUGCAGCUCUUGGGAAAAACAAAUAGGAAGAUCUGCUGGCCGGCACAGCAUGGGCCUGUGGACAUUUUAAGCGACCCCAAGCUAUUGAUACCUCAGUUACGCAACCUUUGGUUUUAUUUUUUGUUUGAAGCUGAAAUACCCUUUGAAGGCUGUGGAAGGGUUUUCAGACAGUCCCAAUAGCUUCCAGGGGAAGAGGUUAAAGACAUGGAUGGUUCUUUUUGUUCUUCAGCACUGCUCCUUUCUGCUGCAUGUCCCAUUGCCUCCACACACCACCCCUUCCAGGGUGCAAAGCAACUGUCAGUCCUGGGGUCUUCUCAGGUCGCAGCAUCACCAGCCCACAGCAACGUUUCCUCCAUCCUUCUUCUUGGGUUCACAUGGAGAACUGUCGAACGUUGCAUGGAGAUGAUACCAGAGCCUGAUAAUGUGAGAUGACCAGAUCCACUGUGCUUGCUUUGGGCAUGCAUACCUGUGUGGACAUCAAAAUGGUGGAGAGACCUGGAUGCCUCCCCUCUCCUGCUCUGCCUACCUUCACCCUUCGCAGUUUGGAAGGGCAAGAGACGUGGUGUUCGGAUGGGAACUGCCAAGUCCCCUAGCCAUCUUCAGGUUUAGCUUUUUCUGGUGAGAGGUGUGCAGAGAUUGUGGGAGCCUGCUGCAGAUUGGUAUUGUGGCAGGGUACUGAGGCUUCUCAGCCCCAUCCGACCGGGGAGAUGAUGUUGCAGCAGGCCUCGUAUGGGAUGCUAGUUUGAGCGCAGGUGACCCCCCGACGCCUUGCUUUGAGGAAAGGCAUAAUGGGCUGUGCAUGCAACGGCUGCACCAGGUAGGCACAUGGGGCCCACCAGACGGAGCUGUGUGCUCCCUCUGGCUGACCAGGUGCCCCUGUGAACUGCCACCGCCUCUGCUGAGUACUGUCACAUCACCAGAGGCAAAACAAGGACAGCUCUGGGAUGAUUUGCAUGUAUUUCCCAUCAUGCUUUGCACUGCCAUAUGUCUUCUGAAGACCCUUGAUUAAAACCUGUGGAUCUAGAUGCUUCCACAAGGAAGGUUUCCACUGAGAGGUCUCCAAACGCAAGGAAUGGGAGCAGGCAGACCCACACUGCAGGGCUGAGCUUGGCCCUGUGCAUGCCAGUAGCCGUCCCUGUAAGCCAUGGCCACCCCAAAGGCUAAGAACAUGUCCCCAAGGUGAGGCCCUGCUGUCCAGGUCUGCCCCUCCAGGCAGCCCUGGAGGAUGCUGCCAGAGAGCUGCACCCCCCUCCCCCCCAACCCCGGGCAACCCCAGUGCAGCCCCAACCCUCUGCCCUUGAGUGGCCACAGUCCCAUGGAGCUCCUGCUGCACUGCAGCAUCCCAUCACUGAGGCAGCAACAGUGGAAGGAGUGAGCAAGCCCAUGCCCAACAAGGGACCAAAGACUCCCCCCUCCCCCCAACCCCAGCAAGCAGCUGCUCCACACAAGGCUGUCGGUUGCCAAAUGCACCCCUGCUCCUUUACCCCUUGGGGGUAGAAGCCAUAUCCAUGUUGCUAAUAUGGGCCCUGGUUGGGAGAGAGCUUCUCUGGGCUGCCUCUUCCCCCAUGGCAGCACAUCUCGCUCUCCUUGCACAUCCUGCACCAAGCAUAUUAGCUGGAAAGCUAAUGUCAGUCGCUGCUGCAGGAGGAGGAACCAUCAGGUCUGCUCAGUUCAGCCUGGUACUGGAGCACUGACCGAGUGAGCUGUUGUCCCCAUAUUGGCUCCGAUUCCCCAGAGGCCUUGCACUCACCGUGCUUUGUUUUGCUGUCCUGGAUGCUGGCUGCUUCCUUCAUCCUUUGAGCCUGCAGCUGCUCUAAGGUCCCUCCUGGUGUUCACCCUAGCAUCCAGUCUUCCUGCAGAAAUAGUCCAAGGAGCUGUGGGGUCCCUUGAGUCUCGGCUACCCCUUUGGGGAUGAGCUGGCUGGACCUGUGGCUGAGGUCCCUUGAGCCAGCCCUCCCCUCGCAAGGACUGCUCAAGUUUAUGGCAAAGAAUCCUGGCAGGGAGAGCCUGGUCUGAGUGGCCUUAAUGCUUGGGAUUUUUACACUGGGUUGCACAAUCAAGUAGCUACCAACAAUGCCUUUUUAGCAAGCAGGACUAGCAUUGCAGAAACAGAGCUUUGGGAUGGAGGUGGGGAUGCCCCAGGCAUUGGGGACAUCUCCCUGGGGGACAAGCGCACCACCUUGCACAAGGUGGCCAGCCCCACUCGUGCCAGGGGCUGGGACCUUGGUGCAUGGCACUCAGCAGUCUGAGCUGGGGGACCAAGUGCCAAAGCUAAGCUCAUCCCCACAUCAUCAGAUGCUUCUGCAGUCCCUCCCCUCCCCCCUCCUGCUCUGUGACACCCACUUCCAUCCAGGCCUGGCCCUGGGGCCCCAGCUCUCCCUCAGGGCAAACACGUGGGGCUACUGCCCCCAGGCUUGGGCGUUCCCUCCCUGUGUUUGAUGCUGGGGAGGCUGAAGUUAAAAAUAACGGUACCCUCUGCUUCCCUCACCUCCUUCCCCAUGGAAGGACCACAGCCCCCAUGCAGAGGUGGAGGGACCUGGGCGCUUCAGCCUGGGGAGGAGGAGAAGAGGCCGAGGGAGAUGUGAUCAGUGGCUGAGGGGCAGGUACAGAUGAUGGAGGCAGACUUGGUGGAAGGCAGGCAGCAGCCACAGGUUGCAGCUCAGGAGGUUCAGGUUGGGCAGCAGGACAAGGCUCUCUCUGGGAGGGAGGUGCAGCCCUGGGGCAGGUCUACAAAGGGGAGGGAAUCUCCACCUUGGAGGAUUUCAAAGCUCGGUUAGGCAAAGCCACUGCCCAGUGUUGGGAAUAAUCCUGCUCUGAGCAGGAGGUUAGACCAGAGACCUCCAGGAACCACUGGUUAGACCAGAGACCUCCAGGAACUGCUUCCACUACCACCUCCCACUGCACUUGGUCCAUGUCCCUGGGCUUUUAACUGCUCCAAGGAGCCCCCUGCUUUCCCCACAGUGCUGCUGUCAGCCUAAGCUGGGGCUGCAGCAUCUCCCAGUGCCACCCUCGGCUCCAAGCAGGGGGAGCUCCUGGCACAGCUGGUGGGCCACGAUGGGGGUCCAAAGGGCUGGGCAAAGAAGGUCCCUGUGCAGGCAGCCUCACCAGGCUGGCUGGGCACUCCCUGAUCCCCCCCCACUGGGGCUGGGGCUGCACAUGAGGUUAUCGGGGCUUUGUAGGUCGUGCUGUAGGAUGGCAGUGGCACAGAAACAAGGGCGGCGCGGCAGGUCCUGCUAUGGCCAGGCAGAGUGGGAAAGUGAGGGGGGACCCACAGGGUGAGCUGAGGCUUUAAUUAGUCCCCUUUGCCCGACAGCUGUGUCAGAGUGCAAGCAAGGCCCUGCUUGGGGCUGCCCAGCCUGUGUAGCCAGAGGGAGAAGAAAACACUGAUUUUUUUUUUUUUUAAUUAGACAGCUGGAGAGCUGAGGCAGUGGAUGCUGCUGAUGCCACCCGUCUGAGGGCACUUGCAGGAAUCAUUGUCUUGAAUCAGUCUCACUGCAGAGUCCUGUGCAGCUGGGCGCCGGGGUUUUGCUUGGCUUACGUUUAUAUGGGGGGAGCAAGGGGAGAAACAACUCUUAAGAGCUCUAAAAUCUUCCUGUUAGCGUUAUGUGAGCGUGCAUGGGCCCGUAUCUUUCCAUGGGCAGCAGGCAGGAUGUGCAUGAACACUGAUACACACACACACACACACACACACACGCACGCACACGCACACACGCACAUGCUCCACCGCAUUGCCCAGGGGUCUUGCAGGUCCCGCUUUGCCUGCGAGAGCAGAAUCCUGAUCCUGCUCUUUUCCAUUCGGACUCUAAGCCUCGGAGGGAGGGGGGGACUGUGACUUUAAUACAUAAUAAUUCUUUUUUUUUUAAUGAAAACGGGGAAUACAACCAACAUAUUAAAGCCAUCUGCGCUGCCUCUGAUCCCCCCUUAGUUGUGUAUAGUUAAAUAUAUGAAGACAUAGAUAUAUAUACCAUGAACAGUGCAUGAGAUGCAGCCAUAUAUAACUAGCAGCAUGGUUAGAGCCGAGCGCGACGUUGCAAGCUCUGCACCAGUGCUGGCCUGCACAGCACGCCGGCGAGGCAGGCAUUUCCGGCACGUCCGCUCCCGACCACGUUUCACCCAGCAAGGCAGAGACAGCGACGAGCAAGAACUCCUCAUUGCCCAAGAGCUCUCCACCAGCCCCUUUAUUUUCAAUUAAAAAAAAAAAACAAAACGUGUAAAAGAAGAAAAUACGCCAAGAAACAAAGCAUGCCUAGGCCAAUCCAGCCCUCGGCGGGGGAGCCGUCACCGACGCAGCCGUGACUUCCCUGU